UUUUUGAACCAUAAACAAAUGUUCUUAUUGGCGGGGACAAUAGAAAAAUGUCAUAUUCUUAUUUCUCGUGUUGGAGUGCGUCAUUAUUUAGCCUGUGAUUGGCUUAAUAAAUGACGCAUUGCGACACGAGAAAUAAAGAUUGACUUCAUCGUGUUGAUUAAGCCUGUGAUUGGCUAGAUAAAUGACGCAUUGUGACACGAGCCUGUGAUUGGCUAUAGUGAAUGGUGCAAUGCGGCAAGAAGUGGUUUGACUCAUCUGGAACAAUUCAGAGCUUUCGUAAUACAUUAGAUACUAAUUAACCAAUUAGAAAGCAUUAACGGUGUGGCGUGAUUUUGAUUAGCCAAUCAGGGGAAAUCAGGAAGUGAGAAAUUUGCGAUGUCACAGUGGAGGUGGAGUAUUUAAGCAGCUGCAGAGCGAUCGGAGCUCACUUUUUCACCGGUUUUCGUCUGCUGCGGACCUGCAUGCCACGUUGGGAUAGAAAAAGAUACACAAGACAGCCAACAGCAAACAAAAUAUUGCUGGAUGUAUAAGGAUGGAUAUCUUUGCUCAAGAAGAAGGUUAUGCUAUUGACGGUGAUAGUAUUAUGGAUACAACGCCCGCAGCCAUAUUUCCGGCUAAAAGUGGUGUGAAUUUUGAAUUUUGUGAACGUAACAAUAUUAGAACGGUAGAGAAAGAAUCAUCUAAAGAUGAUGAAAUAUCAUGUUUUACAAAGAUGAUAUCCUUAAUGAUAAGGAGUUUGCCAAAAUAUAAAAGAAGAUUGGUACAGCUUCGGCUAAUGGAGGUAAUUUGUGAGGUUGAGUGACAUUGAAGUUGAACUACAGUGCUAAUGAUCUACUUUUAGUAUAAUUUCAUAUAAUACUUUGAUGAGGGUGGGUGUUGGAUGGUGGGGGGGGGUGCUUGUCAAAUGCUUGAGUGACGUUUACUAAAUUUGUACUUUGUUUUCUUUAGUAAACUGUAUUCUAUUUGAAGUACUGUAUUAAUUUUGGACGCACCAAUAUCAUGUGAAGUGUGCCACUGUUUCAAAAGUGUAGUUCCGAAUAAAUUAUUAUUAUUAUUAUUAUUAUUAUUAUUAUUAUUUAUUAGUAUAUUAUUAGUUGUUACAUUAACUUAAAUUUGGUAGCUGCAUGGUUUUUUAUAUUAAAGCAAAUCAAAAGUUUAAUUUUACAUUAUUUAUAAUAAAAAAUCUACAAAUUAAAAUAAUAUCGGUGCUACUUAUGUAUUAAGUUUCUUGUAAACAUUUGAUCUCACAUACCGUGCUUGAUGAAUGUAUUUAGAUGAUAGAAAUAUUUCAUUUAUAUCCAGACAUCUAGAAAUCUAUGAUAUAUAGAAUCAUUAGAACCACAAAUAAGGUAUUUAUUGGUUUCUA